AUGGCGUUUCCUGGAGAGAAUCCAGCCCUGGAUGCCGAGACCAGAGUCUCGAUAUUGCUGGGCGUCUCUAUUGCCUUUAUUAUCGCCUCGACCGUUGUGGUGGCGCUGAGGCUCUUUACCCGACAAUAUGUCGUGCAUGGACUUGGGCCUGACGAUUACACCAUCGUUCUUGCGCAAUGUCUCUUUGCUAUACAGUUCUUGAACUUCGGGGUGUCUGCAACGACUAUACUUCAGGCCAAGUAUGGUCUGGGGAGACACGUAUGGCUUGUAGACAAUGAAUCCAACAUGCAGCAACUGAAGUCGCUCUUCGCAGCCAUGAUCAUUUACAACCUCUCUCAGAUCAUCACAAAGAUAUCAUUUCUCUUACAAUACCGCCGCAUCUUCCAGGACAAGUUCACACAGCGGGCAUGCCUGGUUCUUCUCGUAUUCCUCGGCACCUGGGGGUUCGCUCAAGAGUUCCUCGUCGGACACGCUUGCGUCCCCGCCUCCAUCAUCUUUCCGAGCCUGGUCGGAAAGUGCAUCGGAGCACUGACGGUCUGGUACCUCACAUCGAUCAUGAACAUCGUCACCGACUUUAUCGUCUUCCUAGUACCCAUGCCGGCCAUCCGGCAUCUACAGCUACGCCGCAAGCAAAAGCUCCUCGUCACCGGCGUCUUCUGCCUCGGCUUCUUCACCUGCAUCAUCUCCAUCGUCCGCCUCUUCACCCUGCGCGGCGCCAUCAACACGGACGACCCCACGUGGGACAACGUCCCGACCUCGUACUGGACGGUCGUCGAGCUCAACUGCGGCAUCAUCUGCGCCAGCAUCGCGACCCUGCGGCCUCUGCUGCGGCACGUCUUCCCGAGCCUGUCCUCGCACAGUGCGGCCGACUACUACCUGAAGCAGCCGUCGACGCCCAAGGGCUCGUCCAUCGCCGCCGGGCGGAGGGUCAGCAGCGGCGGUACGGCCUCAGCGGCGGCGGCGGCGGCGGCGGCGGGACGCGGCAUCGACGGCAUAUACGCCCUGCGGGACGUCGAGUCCGGCGGCAGCCAGGACGGGCUCAACAAGAGCGGCGCGGAUGAGUACUACGGGUGGACGGGGUACGGCUGGAACGGGGUGCCGGCGUCGAAGCUGUCGACGUCGGUCCGGGGCGGCAAGGCGGGACGGGAGGCGGGUGCCGCCGGCGAGGACGGGAGCUUCGGGUCUACGCUGGCAGGAGCCAGUCCGAGGCAGAUCAGGGUCACGCGGGAGACAACAUUCAGAGAGUCAAGGAAUGACGUCUCUUGGAAGUGA